GCUGAACCCUACCCCACCACGACGAGACAACUGUUCGUCUGGCCAAAAUGGUACUCCCGGCCCAGGAUGCCUGAGCGAGCAUGGUACUCCUGGAUCGGCCGAGAUGUUUGUACUCGCCAGAUAGCUGUCAAAACAGUGAGGCGCUGCUUGGCACAUCGAACGUGCUUGUGCUUCAGGAGUUAUUUGUGCAAAAGGCAAAUUAGUGGGCUGGGAAAGGGGAAGUUGGAUGCAACAAAAUGGUUCACAAAAUUGAUCAUUCAGGGUAUCGUAAUGUGUUGGGCAUGGUGCCAACUGCACCUGCCGUCUCAUCAUCUCAUUCGAGUCGUGAAAGGCUAAGUACAGUGCCCUGCCAGUACAGGUAUCAUUCCCCAUUCAUAUCCAGACG